AUGCCGGGCAUGCUGUUCGUGGUGUGCGUGCCGACAGCCGAGUACGAGCUGCGGCUGGCGGCCAAGGCGGGCCCCGAGCUCCGCCGCCUCGACGGGCCCACGCUGCGCUCGCGCCUGCCGCCGCCCGCGCCCCUCGGCCAGCUCCCCAUGGAGCAGGUAUUCUCCUCCAGUGUCUUUGCACUGUUGCCAAAGUUCUGGCAGCUGCAUAGCAAACCAUUCUUUGAGGGCACGCCGGCGCCACUGGUAGACUGCUCCAAGUUCGUUAUUGGUGGUGAACUUGUUACCCCACAUGACGUCUUUAUUGCGACGAAUAGGGCAUACUUGCUAGUACCCAGAUCAGGUGAAUAUGGAGGAUUUGUCAGCACAGUUUUGGAAGAUUUGCUGAAGAAAUUAGGCAUUGAACAUGUGGUCUGGUGCAAGGACAAGGUUGGCAAUUAUUUUGAGGUCUUCUUUCCCUUGGGGGCUGGAGAUCCAACAGAAAAUUGUUUGCAUUGUCUUACAGAGCUGGGUAUUGGAAAAAAACACAACUCAAUUGUGAGUGUUGUACCCUCCAAUGUUUUCUACCAUGGGAUGAAUGACGGGACAGCGGACUUUAAUCCAGAUGACACUGUUGGUGAAUUAAUACCCAAGAAAAACUGGAAUAAUUUUGUGCAAUCAGUUCGCUCAAAGCUUACUGUGAAACAGGUAGUUGACGGUGUAAGGAAUGGAGCAGAAUUAUCCUUUGAUUAUCUUUUAUUGGUGCUGACAGCAGACAUAAUUGCUGCCGUUGGCCUACUGGAGAACAACUCUGUCAACAUUGUAGCAGCUAUGCUUGUCUCGCCACUAAUGGGUCCUGUUAUGGCUAUGACUUUUGGUACAAUCAUAGCUGACUGGAAACUCUUUAAGAUUGGUUUACGCAGUGAAGCUAUUGGGUUACUUCUGUCUACACUGUUUGGAUUUAUUUUUGGCCUUCUACUUGGUACAACAGAAUCACCUUGGGGAUAUGGAGACUGGCCAACUGAAGAAAUGAAAGGCAGAGGGAACUAUCGUUCUCUUUGGGUUGGUGUAAUGUGGGCUUUACCUUCAGGGACUGGCGUUGCCUUAGCAUUACUUCAAGGCAGUGCUGGACCACUGAUUGGUGUUGCCAUUUCUGCAUCCUUGCUGCCACCAGCUGUAAAUUGUGGCAUUAUGUGGGCUCUAGCAUGUACUGUGGUGAAUGAUAAAAAUUACACAGUGCUAGUUCUCCAGGGUGAAGACCCAUCGCAGCCCAACUUCACAUCAGGAUAUGAACCACUAUAUUACGAUGACAGCAAAGCAAAAGAACUGUCUGUCAUGGGAAUUAUUAGUCUGUGUCUCACUUUAAUCAACAUUUGUUGCAUAUUUAUCUGUGCAAUACUUGUUCUGAAGGUGAAGGAGGUAGCUGCACCUUAUACAUCAUCACCAGACCUGCGAAGGUUUUGGGAACAUGAUAUACGGAUGGCUAGAGACGUUAAUAGAGGGACUGUGGAUGGUGCAAACACAACAAAUUUCAGGAAUACUAACAAAGAGUUUAUGGAUGGCCUUAACAAACUGCCACCAGAGAAUUUGGGUGCAACACUGGAAGCAGCUGUUCGAGAAGCAAUGGAUGACCCUACUUUCCGCAAAGUAAAAAGACUCAGCUACUCACGAACUGCAGCGGAUCAAGUUACUCAUUCGCUUGGGAUAGGCAGUACCAACAAACGUCGCAGUCAUGUAAGUGGGGAUCCAGAAACACCAUUCAGUGACCCUGCUACACUGGACCAG